AUGAAGACGAGGUCGUUGUAGGGCACAAUAGAGAGAUAGAGAGUGCAUGAAGAAGAAGAAAGAAGCAGAAGACGAAGAAGAAGAAGAAGAAGAAGAAGAAGAAGAAGGAGAAGAUGCUCUACAGUCAUGUCACACUUCUCAUGCUUCGCGUCGUCGACGUCGUCGCCAAGACGACUGUUCAGCAAUCGGCGCGCAUGCUCGUCGCCGAGAUUCAUGGCGAGAUUCAGAUCGGCGCCCUCUUCCCGAUCCAUCGUCAGAUCGCCGGAUCGGAGAGUUGCGGCGAGAUUUGGGAACAGUACGGAAUACAACGAUCCGAAAUUGCGAUGCUCACCGUCAAACAGCUCAACGAGGAACUUCCCUUUAAACUUGGCUUAUCAAUACGGUACCCUUCAAAGAUAGAGAGGCUAGGGAAACUCUCAUUUUCAGAGAUUCCUGUUGGACAGAACGAAUAGCCAUGGAACAGACGAUCGCAUUUCUGCGGGAGGGCGUGGCGCAGUGCUCGUGCUGUCAGACGCCCGGGUGCAACAAGAAAAGCGUUCCCGUGGUGGCGGUGAUCGGCCCAGGAAAGAGUUCGUCGACGAUCGCAGUGCAGAACCUGCUGCAAGUGUUCCGAAUUCCGCAAGUCGGCUAUUCGGCCACCACUCCCGAUCUGUCCGACAAGGAGCAGUUUGGCUACUUCCUGCGGGUCGUCCCAUCGGACGUCUUCCAAGCACAAGCCAUCAACCGUCUGCUCCACCACUACAACUGGACCUACGUGGCAGUUCUGUACUCGGCCGGUCAGUCCUCUUUUAGGCGCCUUCGCCGCGUGUACAACCCCCUCCCCCCUUCUCUUUGGGGGGGCUCUUCUUAUGCCCUGCGGGUGCUUCAAGUGGAAUCGAAUUUGUGUCUAUCUCGUUUUUGCCAUCUGAUGAAAAGAAGACGAAGAAGAAGAAGAAGAGGAGCCUGACUUGUGAGGGUGGCGACGCAAUUUUUGCGAAAAAAUAAUUAGAUUGUUGUAUCUGAAGUAGGCGCUGAUAUGCGACGGCCGCGUUUCGGAAAAGAGGGAGGAGAGGGUGGAAGCAUUUCGGAAAGGGAUCAAAGAGCACCAACUUUUCAGGGAACUACGGAGAGAAAGGGUUCGAGAGUCUGGAACGGCUCAUCGCCCACAGAUCCUCGUCGGUCUGCAUCGCCUACUCGGAAAAGAUCAAGACGUUGGCGAGCGACGAGGAGUACCGGCAAGUGCUGAGCCGGCUCGACUCGCAGAACUCGCGGCCCCAGGUGGUUGUGUGCUUCUGCGAGGGAGCCUCCAUGCGACAGUUCUUCAAGGCUCAGAAGCAUUUGGCGGAGGGGAAAAUGCAAAUGAAACGGUUCCAAUGGAUCGGAUCGGACGGAUGGGCGGACCGGAAUGACGUGGUAGAGGAUUUGGAGGAAGAGGCCGAAGGGUCCUUUUCGAUUCGGAUCCACGCUCCGAAGAUUCCCGGAUUCCGGCAGUAUUACACGGCGUUACAUCCCGAGAACAACACGAUGAAUCCGUGGUUUCGAGAGUUCUGGCAACAGAAAUUCAAGUAAGUUUCAGUUUUCCAGAAAUACUUCAAGCACACUUUAUCAAUUUCAGUUGCCAAUUCGCAGUUUCGAAAGAAGACAAGAACAACGAGAACAUCAGAAUCUGCACGGGCGAUGAGAACAUGGAUGAGCAGUACAAAGAGGAUCCGAAGCUGUCGCAAGUGAUCAACUCGAUCCGAGUGGUCGCUUUGGGGCUCAAGGCCAUGUACCAGGACAGAUGCCGGGACAACUCCACUCUGUGCACCGAAAUGCUCUCGCGCAACGGCACUCUUCUCUAUGAAUAUCUUCUGAAUGUGACUUAUAGUGAUCAGUUCAAACAGCCCGUUUACUUCGAUCGGAAUGGAGAUCCUCCGGCCUGGUACGACAUUCUGAAUUAUAUCGGAACGAAAGACCUGGACAACCCGUACAACGAGGUCGGUUCUUUCAAGUCCAUCAAUGAUUACGGCGUCGAGGAGUUGGACAUGACCGCCAGAAGCAUGUUCUUCGACAAGACUGAGCUGCUUCCCGAGAGUGUUUGUAGUCGACCGUGCGGAGUUGGACAGAGGGUGAGUACAGUAAUCCUUCCCUUCCACUUUCUGACUAUGCUCUUUGCAGCAACGAGAAACGAUGGCAUGUUGCUGGAUUUGUGAGUCGUGUCUCGAUAUCCAGUACGUCAACAAAUCCACGAAUCAGUGUAUGAACUGUUCGCUCGGCUCCUGGCCGAAUGUGGACCGUUCCGGCUGCGACGAGAUAAUCCCGGAGGUGGUUUCGUGGACCUCGUUCGGUCACAUCCUCGCUCUCGUGCUCGCAGUCACCGGAAUCAUCACCAGUAUCGCCACGCUCGUCGUCUUCCUCCGCCACAAUUCGACGCCGGUCGUGAAGAGCACCACGCGAGAGCUCAGCUACAUCAUCCUCUCCGGACUCGUCGCCUGCUACGCCGUCUCGUUCGCCCUCCUCGCAACUCCAUCCACUUCGUCGUGCUUCAUCACCAGAGUCAUCCCUCCGAUCGCGUUCGCCGUCGUUUACUCGGCGCUUCUCACGAAGACCAAUCGGAUAGCGAGGAUUCUGGCGGGCAGCAAAAAGAGGAUUCUCACGAAGAAGCCGCGCUUUCUGACCACGUUCUCGCAGGUCGUCAUCACGUGGAUCCUCGUGGCCGUUCAGUGCGUGAUAGUGGGCGUCGGGUUGAUGCGCGAUUGGCCGGAUGCCACGUACGCCAAGUACGCUCUGCCGAGAAAGCUGAUUUUGGAGUGCGACACCGAAACAAAGUCCUUCCUGAUCCCCUUCUUCUGGGACUUUUUCCUCAUCACUCUCUGCACAUUGUACGCGUUCAAGACUCGAAAUCUGCCAGAGAACUUCAACGAGGCCAAGUUCAUCGGGUUCACAAUGUACUGCACAGUCGUCGUCUGGAUCGCCUUCCUCGUCCUUCACAUGGGAACGACGCACAAGGCUCUCGUCAUGAGCUUCUCCUAUUCUCUGUCCGCUUCCGUCGCUCUCGCUCUUCUGUUCUUCCCGAAGCUCUACAUCAUUCUGAUGCAUCCGGAAAAGAACAUUCGAGCGUCCUACACGACAACAAAACUGAUCAGGUGUCAUUUCGGAAACUCGCAAGCCGCCUACGAUAGCACGAGCAAACAACAGCAUCUGGGAUCGAAGACCACCGCGAGAACGUCAGUGCAAAGCGGUUCAGCGAGGUUCGAUUCUUGUUUCUCAUCAAUUUCUCCUAACAUUUUCCCGUUUCAGUAAGUCUUCAAGCAUGGGCGGAGGGGUCACCCGGACGGCUUCUGUGCACGUGCCAGUCUCGCGAGGGAGCACGCAUUCGACGGACGUAUCCACACAGACUGAAGGUAUUGUGAAGAGUGAAAACUGUUCAAUACUAACUAAAUUCUAUGCAGCAAGCAAAUUUGCAAGAAGCUUCUCGAUAGUUGGUCGGAAGAAGCAAGGACUCGAAGAUGAUGUGCAGCAAUUGGUGGAUGCGUGCAGGAGAUAUCAGGUGGGUCCGGCCGCCCGUAGAACCAUUCGAAAGGGUCACUUCUCUCAGGACGAGAAGAUCAACUCGUCGGCUGCCAACUUGCUUUUGGAAGAAGCGGAAGACGAGGUAGGGGCCCUUCUGGCCGAUUCGAUCGAGAACAGCAUGCGGACGGUGCUGUCGACGGUGGCCGCGAAGGCGGUAGUUCCGCUGGUGCCAAUGGUCACCAGCGCGCCGCCGCAGGAAGAUAACUUUGAACAGGUACUCCCAUCCCAUCCGAACUUUCGUUUCAAUACUUGAUAAGUUGAUUCUUAAUCGUCAAAUCUGUCUAGACAUUCAAAAGUUCUAACACGCUUUCUUUCCAGACGAGACCCGAGUCUGCUCUAUCCUCUCUCUUGUCGGUUCAACGUUAUUUUCAUUUUUUUUCCGCUUUCACACAUCCUCAGUUCUCUUUGCUUGGCCACUGAUUCAGUUCGAAUAAGCUCGCUUCCUCGCCCUUUGCUUACUUUCGGUUCUGCCUGCACCACCCCACCCCGUGGCUUAUCAGGGGAGCGAGGAGCCCGUGCUCACACUCCUCCUCGCCCCGCCCCUUUUCCGAAGCGAAGAGUUCCGAUUUCAGUUGCUCCGCAGUCGCGGUGUUCAGCCGCUCGCCUUGUCCCAAGCGACUCCGUUAUGAGUAGCAGCAGCAGCAGCAGUCGCGGUCAGCUGAGCCCCGUCUCUUCGGUCGGCUCCGGCUCGCCGCCGAGCUCUCCGUUCCACGACAUGUGCGACGAGGAGUUGGCACAGAUCUCCGUCCGACAGCUCAAUCAAAAACUUAUGGUGAGUCGAAGAGCACUUGGUACAUUCUUGGGCAAAAGGCGGUUUUAGGGUCAAGACAGAAGUGUGGUGUUGCAAUGGAAACAGAAGAGAAGAACGCUCAAGAAUCGGGGAUACGCGUUGAAUUGCCGUGCGCGACGCGUGCAGAAUCAGGCACAACUGGAGACGGACAAUAUUCGACUUCGCAAUGAUGUAGGCUACCGUAAUCCUCAUUAUCCUUGUUUACGAACUGUUUUUCAGCUGAAAGCCGCCCAAAAUGCCUUGCGAGAGGCUCAAAGUCGUCUUCUUUACUACGAGAAUCCGACGUGCUAUCAGUACUAUCACGCCGUCUUCCCCAUCCCGGCACCUCCGUCAAUUGUCACGUCUUCCGAUUGCUCCGCCACGUCAUCAUCCAUCACGCACCAGAUUCCGUCGGAUCCAACGACUAGCGCGUCCAUCCACACGAUCAAGUUCGAAACGGAAUUCAAGUCUGGCUACUGA